AUGGAGGAGUCAAAAGAAUGUGAAAUUGAUCUUAUUAAAAAUGUAAUGUCAUCAAUGGGAUGGAGUAACACUUUCACGCCGAUUGCAAAUGAAGAGAACAAACGGCUUAUGGAUUCAAUUAGAUUCCUUGGGAGUACCAGAUUGGAAAGAAAUCAUGCUUUUGAAGAUCAGAAGAAAAAAACUUCGAGAUUUAAUGCAUUAUUGACAGCAGCUAAUAAUGAAUUCGAUCAGAAUUUGAAAUUAUUAACAGCGCAUAAGUCACAAUACUCAACUGAGUACCACCUGAUUAAAUUAUCGGAGUAUGAUGUUUCGUUUUACAUGCAAACCUCGAAAGAGUCUGAAAAGUCAGAAAAACAAUUGUUCCAACAACAUAAAAAUGAGAGUGAGAAAAUUAAUUCAUCAAUCGAUAAGUUGACUGAAGGUGUUCAGUGGGCAAAAAGUGCGUUAACAGAAUGGUGCAAAGUUAUGCUGUCAGGUGAUGGGACGAGAAAAAUAAUUGAGAAACUAUGUCGAAUGGAUGCGGGACGUGCUGAAUCUCUUGAUUCUAAACGAAAGAUUAUAAAUGAAAUUAUCGUCAAACAACAAACAGUUCUUGUUAAUGCUUAUGAAGAAAAGAAAGCUCUCGAAUUUCUUCUUGAAAGAACAAGUCAACUCUAUCAUCAAGCUCAUCACGAACGUCGUCAAUUGGUCAAUACCUGGAAAGAUGCUGUCAAUCAAAUGAACCAGCGUGAAAAAGAAAUCAAUGAAACGGAAAUAGAAAUUGAUAAUGCAAGACAAAUAACAGAUCAGAAACGUUCAAUUUUAAAACACGAAGAGAUGAUUAUGAAAUUGAAGCAAGAUGAAAAUCAUAACACUGAAUUGUUAAUUAAAGAUCUGAAUGUAACAACAGCAGACCUAAGAAGUCGUUUUUUCAAACUUGAAGAAUCUAUUGGACUUAAAAAUUCCGAGUUCUUGGUGUUUCGAAAGAGUGUUCAGAUUGAUUCACUGAAAUUAAAUAAUUUACGUAAUGAAAACCGCCAAAUAUUAGCUCAAGAGAAAGACAAAAAAAAGUUAUUGAAUUCAAUGGUUUUUGAGAUGAAAUCAAUCCGAGAAAAGUAUGACAAAUUCAAGGACAACAAUUCAAAUGCUCAAGAAUGCCUUCGACAGAUUGAAGAAAUGUUGGAUAUGGAGAAAAAAAAUAUUAGAAUGAUUCAAGAUGAAACCAAUCGACUGUCAUCAACACACUAUCGAUCUGAACAACAAUUGAAGAAGCUUCAAAAGAGUGAAGCAAAUCUUAUGUUGGAAAGCAAAGUUCUUGAAGCUGGAAUAAAAAAAACACAAACUGCUUGUAAGAAACUUGAAAAGGAAUUAGUUCGACAAACUGAGAUUCUUUAUAGUAUGGACAGUAAAAUUCAAAAAGCAGAAAUUAGACUUGCAACUAUGAAGGGAAACGUCGAUGAUGAAAAUUUAAUAAAAUUGGAACAUCAUCGUGUUUAUUUAGAAAAAAAAUACAAAGAUAAGAUCGAAACUGAUGAGUUGAUGAAAGCACAAGUCUCGAGAGUAGAAGAGGACUUGAAAAAACUUUCAAGUAUUUAUCAAAAUUCAUUUGCUGAGUAUAAAAGAAAUGAACAACGCUUAAAAGAAAGAAAACGCACCGUUGAUGGUGGAGAAAAGCAACAGAAAAUAUUGAAUCAACAAAAUCAAGAGAAGCUUGUAGAACAAAAUCUGUUGAAGAUUCGCAUAACACAAAUGGAAAAACAAAUCUCAAAACAAACAGAAAAAGCUUUUUCUCUUGAGAAGCACAAGAUGGAACUUGAAGCAGCAAUGAAUGAUCGUUUAAUUGACAUGAAAUCACAAAUGAAUUGGUUGAACAUGAGGAAGAAGUGUUUGAUUGAAGAACGUGGACAGAUGAAAAUUGAGAUUGGCGAAAGACUUUUGAAGAUUGGAAAGCUUAAGAAGCGUUUUGAAAUCUCAUUGGAUCUUAUUGGCAAAAAUGAUGAUGGAACAAAUAAAACUACAGUUCAAAUUAAAGUUCAAAUGGCACAAGAAAAAUAUCUUCUUAUUAAUGAAGGUAAUGAAUUAAAUGAGAAAAUUGUUAACGCUGAGAAUGAAAUAAAUUGUUUGGACAACACAUUGAAACUGAUGAACUUUUCAAACGAUGAAUACCGUAAAGUAUUUGAAACAAUCACUGAAAGUAGUCCAGAAGUAAAGAAAAUGAAUGAAUUGUAUUCUCAAUAUUGGGAAACGAUGAAUGACAUAAAAACUCUUAAAGGAAAUCUCGUUAACUUAAUUGAUCAUAUUGAACUUUUGGAAAGUCAAAACCAAGAACUCGAAACAGAAUUCGAGGAAGUUCAAAAAACAAAGCUUGAUAAUAAUGACAUUUUAUUAAAACUUCACAAGGAAUUGACAGAUCAAGAGACAAAACUUGAACGAUCUGAUCGAGAUAUGAAAACAGCAUUCAAGACAGCAAAACGACGCAUCAAAGAUCAAGAAUUUGUGUCAUUUUACGAGAAAAACUUAGCGAUCAAGGAGUGUGAAGAUCGGAACAAUUCAUGCCUUCAACAAUUGGCUGCCUUAGUUGAUAUAAUUACAGAUAUGUCACAAAAAUUAACCCGUCAUUUCCUUGAGCGUGGCCUCAGUGUUCCAAUGAACAUGCAACGUGCCAAAAGUCAGUCAUCAUGGAAAAGUGAAAUGUCUAUUGGUGAUCAAAGCCUAAAAGAUAACAUGAAAUAUUCUCAUUGCUCAUUCGUAUCUGGUUAUUCAGCAUCAUUAAGUUCAUCAUCGAAGGCUUCAACAAGAGAGUCUGUUAAAGAAACAAAUUAUUCAUCGGGUUUAUCAGUUGUUAAAAUAACUUUCCCUGAUAUUAGUCCAAUAAAAGGACCCCAAAAACACUAA